UUGAUGGUGGCGAGCGUAACUGUGGAGUACAUGAGCUGAUCUGCGUCAGAAAAGUCUCUCCAGAAGCGCUGGGGUUUCUGACGGCUGUCGGAGUCUUCAUCAUCCUCAUGAUCCUCCUGUUUUUGUACCUCAACAACAAGUUGGCACUAGAGAACCCAGGGAGCCUUCAGUGCCUUGAGGACUUCAGGAAAAACAAGGAGCUGCAAGCAGAGAAGGCCUACACAGACGCUGACCUGCAGGCCUCAUCAUCGGACAGCGAGGAUGAACUGAUCGGUCAGUAUCAAGAGGCAGUCAGCCGCUCCCAAGGCCUGCGGGGAGGUGCAGCAGCAGUGAUCAACGCCAAGCAUGCCAGGGGCUUCAGCUGGGAGAGCCGGCACAAGUACAGCCCCCUGUCUGCAGAGUAUGACGGCUACAGCAGCGAAGCCUCAGCUGAGGAUGCGAACUGCAUCCAGAGGAUGAGACGAACGCCUCCGCUGGACGAGCUUCAGCCGCCGCCCUAUCAAGACGAGGACGGCUCUCCACGGAUGUCCUGCACACCAUCAGACCUGGGUGACGCCAAGUGUGACCUGUCCCACGCCAGCGACAGUCCCCGCCUUUCCUACGGCAAAUGUCCCAGCGAGGGCAGCGGUGGCCAGGAGACCGAGAGCUACCUCAACAAAGGCUACGAGGAAGAUGUUCCCAGUGACAGCACCGCCGUCCUCAGCCCAGAGGACAUGUCAGCCCGUGGAUCAGCAGCACAGCUCCCUAAGGGUUAUGAACCGGAUCCUGUUGCGAAGUACGGCACCCUGGAUGUGGUGUUUGACUACGACUCAGAGGAUCAGCGGCUGGCAGUGACCAUCACGGCCGUAACAGACCUCCCUGUCCUCAAGCGCACCGGGAACAUCUCCUGGCAGGUUCACCUGGUGCUGCUACCCACCAAGAAGCAGAGGGCGAAGACGGGGAUCCAGAGGGGCCCGUGUCCCAUCUUCACAGAGACGUUCCGCUUCAGCCAUGUGGAGUCAGAGAUGAUCGGCAACUACGCCGUCCGGUUCCGCCUCUACAGUGUGCGGCGGAUGAAGAAGGAGAAGGUGCUCGGGGAAAAGGUGUUCUACCUCACCAAGCUCAACCUUCAGGGCAAAAUGUCUGUGCCGGUCAUACUGGACCCAUGCUGUGCACUCCCGGGUGGGGAAUCCCAGGUCAGCCUCUCAGAAAUGUCAUGCAGUGAAAGCGCCUCAUCAUUCCAGUCAGUCAGUCAGACUUCCACACCAGAGAUCCUUGUGGGCCUGGUUUACAAUGCCACAACAGGACGUCUCUCUGUGGAGGUCAUCAAAGGCAGCCAUUUCAAAAACCUGGCUGCCAACAAGCCACCCAAUGGGCUGUUCUGUUGUCUAAAGCACUUGAUAGGUGGCCAGGUUUAUAUUAUCAGAGAUACAUAUGUUAAGUUGACCUUACUGAACUCCAUGGGCCAGGAGAUGUCCAAGUGUAAGACAUCCAUCUGUCGAGGUCAGCCCAACCCAACCUACAAAGAGACGUUUGUCUUCCAGGUAGCCCUUUUCCAGCUGUCGGAUGUCACGCUCAUCCUCUCGGUCUACAACAAGCGCAGCAUGAAGCGUAAGGAGAUGAUUGGCUGGAUUUCGCUCGGCCUCAACAGCUCCGGAGAGGAGGAGCUCACACACUGGACUCAAAUGAAAGAAUCUAAAGGACAGAAGGUCUGCCACUGGCACAGCUUGUUGGAGUCCUAACAGGGAUGGGACAGUAAAGGUCAAGAAAGUCAGCAGGGAUAACUGCACAGAACACAUGCCACCACAGAUGUGUCAGAAAUGGACAAGCGAGCAAGUUGGAGUAGGUAAAUGGGACAGAUGCCCAGGUGGGAUGGUGGGAAAAAGGGUCAGUGGGGAUCAGAAAAAGGAGGGGAGCCCCCAUGUGUCUGGAGUUCUUCAGCUAGGUGUGGCAUACAAAUUUUCAUGGCAUGUAAAAUGACUGACAACUUUACUGCGUGGCUUUCAUUUUACAUGUUUUUUAAAGUGGUAAUCCGCGAGAUUCACAUUUUGAUUGUGUCUCCAUCUUUGUUGCAAAGUGGGUACUGCUGCAUGAAUUCUUUGGAUUUUCUGUUGAGGAUUUUUCAGGUUUUCCUUUCUUUCUUCAGUCAUGCUAACUACCUAGUUCAUCUUCUGUUUGUUACUGACAAAACGUUCUUGCAGCUUACAGAAACAAAUGCAUCACUUUUCCCGGGAAUAACCUAUUGUACACCUGGUGUUUCAAACGGCAAAAUGUAAAAGCUUUUAUGACCUGGUUGGAGAAUGACUCAGUGUUGUAUUUGGCACUAGAGCACAGAAAAAUGGAUAUUUAUUUAUACUAAAAUGUCGCGGAUUAUUACUUUAAAUCCAACUGUUUUGUGGAUGUGGAGAAUAAUUUGCCCAAACUGAUAAGGCAGUUUCUGCUGUAAUCCCAUUGGUUCAACUGCAAAUUCAGUGUAAUUCUGUUGCUCUCCAGCCUACAUGGGUAUCUGAGGUGAGGGAGGCAUAUUUAAGGAUUUUUUUUCUGGAAGGUGUAGUAAGUGCUGGCCAAUUUGGAUGAAGCUGAAAGAUAAUUAUGAGGAAUUUAUUUAGAGCUGAGCUGAAAUAUGGCGAUGCUUUCAUCAAUCCAGGUGAAAUAUCUCUGUUGUUUGAAGCUCAUGUCAAAUGAACACAGGUAUGAAGCUUUCCACUGACUGUCGCACUCUGCGACUUCUGAGUCCGAACUUCCCACCUUCGUACUGAAGGAGUUCCACUGGACGCCCGAAAGAAGACAGAAAAAUAUUGAGCUGUCCACUGACAACUAAUGACUCACUAACCAGAGUCAGUAACGAUAACUAACAUUAGCUGCUAACGAUAGAUAGGCGAGCUACAGCUAGUCAUCGUCACUGCCAGUGCUUGAUCCAUUCAUCAAACUAAGGGAACACACUGCUAUAAAUUUACAGCAUAAAGACUACAAAGAACGCUAGAUUGAAGUUGAAUGUGUUUUAAGACAAAAACAGAAAAUGUCAGAGAAAUAGUUGGUUUAUUGUUGACUGUUUGCGGUGAUGUCAAACAUGCGUGUUUUGGUAAGUCCAGAUCUUUUUGGGUAGAUUUUAGAUCUCUGUAAUUGUGACUUGGAGUUCCGACUUAAGUGGUGUUCCUUUGGACUUUUCCAUGUCAGAAGAUUUAUCCAGGUAGGGUUAGGGUUAGGAUUUGGGUUAACCCGAGUUCAAUGGAAAGCUCCAUAAGGGCCACAGAAUUUCUGACAUCUUUGCCAGGCGAAUCAACUUUAUGGCAAAUAAACCAACAUGACUAAUGGCAUGUUCAGACCAAGUGUGAAGUGAAUUAUCGUGUCGUGGAAUACAGCUGCAAAUUUUCACUCAAGUUGAAAAAUUUCAAGUCAUGCGAAUACAUGGGUGACGUGAAUUUCAUGUUGUCACGCUUUCCCAUCAAUCAGGAAGCAGAAAUUCACAUAAUUUGUGUCGCCUGCAGCAAAUUUGCAUCUAAUCGCGCCUUGGCAUUGACAUUACAUGUAAUCAUGCUGCGAAAAACCCACUUGGCGUUUGGUCUGAACUCACAGUAACAGUGGAUGCCAUGGUCAACACUGAGAUGAAGCUCAUUUUGUUUUGUCAGACAGUUUCGAAACACCACUUUGCAGAUGCACUGCUGCACUGAGAAAUGCUUUAUAUUGAAAAGUAUCAUAGUUUGUGUGCUGGCUGUAUGAGCUGCAGAAAUCAAACUGCUUGAAAUGAAAAUUGAAGCAGUACUUUAUGAGUAACCCUCGAACAAAUCCACCUCGGUAUCACAUUUCAGCCGUUAAAAUAAUAAAAUGUACCUGUUACUUCUGGCAUCGCCAACCCUCCCUUUUACCUGCUCUGGUGCUAUAGUGCUGCAGUUGCACACACAGAAUCCCUCGCCUUACGUCUUUGGUUCAGUCAUUUCUUAAAUGACUUCUUUUGGAUCUGUUCCAAAGCAAAUUCACCUAGACACACCCCUGGAGCACACAGACCUGCAUCCAUAGUUGCAGAAAGCACAUCCAGUACAGCACCACUCAACCUUUGAUGAAGGGAUGUAAAAUGUUUAAGAAAAAAUGUUGAGAAAUUAGAUGUGCUCGUAGGAGCCAUGACGUGUAUCGACAAACUCUCUGGUGAAUGUCUGUGGGGAAAAAAGGCAUGUAUUCAUAGCUGUGGCCACAUUCUCACUGCAUUUAAUUUUGAGACAACAUGAGAUACAUAUAUUCUUUACUGUGCCUGUGGUGGUGGUGAAAGCUAGCUUUGUGCAGUGUUUACCAAGUGGAAGUGUGUGUGUGUGUGUAUAUGUGUGUGUGUGUGUGUGUGUGUGUGUGUGUGUGGUUGCGCGUGGAGAGGUACAGUAAAAGGGGAUGGGGUAGUGGUGACGGGUCGGGGGGCUGUGACAUAUAGUAGGUAGUUGUUGCAUUUUCUUGUGGGGUGUGACAAUUUCUGAACUAAAUUAUUUAGGGGAAAGCAACUCAUUUCUUGAUUGUUCGCCAUAUACUGUAUCCUUUAUAUAAAUGUUUUCCUAUCUAUUUUUGUAUCAGUAAUUGGGGGGAAAUUAUGUCAAGACAGUUAAAUAGUGAAUGAAAUAUUAACCCACUCUGUGAGCAAUACUGAUUGCUUCUCUUAUUCAUUCCAUUAUUUUAUUUAUUUAUUUAGUUAGUUUCUAUUUCUGCAGUGAUGUGUUAGUGGAAUAAUGUGAAAAAAAAACAACCUUUAUACGAUACAGCAUAGAAUGCACUCCCUGUUCUUACUGAGACACAAGAGGGAACAGCAACGGGACAUUUUAGGUGUGGAGGUGAAAUUUCAGCCGGAGCAGGAAAAUGAGCAGAAAGUAACGCUUGUAGAUUAUGUUUGAUAGCUCCGGUCCUUUCUUAAAGGGAGGGAAAAUGUCAGCGGGACCAAGAGAACCCAUCUCAGUUCAGUUUGUCAAGACUUUUUGUCAGCUUCGAUGCUUUCUAACGGCAACACAAAAGCACAGCCUUUACAGCACAACAAUGAAACACACCUUGUGAAAGACGAGAUCCCACUUGCAGGAAGUCCAGCAGCAUCUGCGUGUCUCUGUCUUCUCUGUCUGAAGACUCAUGUACUGAAAAGUCAAUUCUAAAGCAGACCAGCAGAAUACCUGACACAGUUUUCCUUUCUCCAUCCCAAAGCACAUACCCUAAAUACAUGGGAAUACAUCUUGCUGAUUAACCAAACUGCCCACCUUAAAGGUCCAGGAGUUACACACUGCAGAAACAAGACAUAACAUGGACUAUAUAAAUAUAUAUAAAUAACCUUUGACCAAAUAUGGAUUUCUGGGUCCAACAUAUUUUCUCUCUGGGGAAAAUCUACGAGGGUUCCACAUAAUCAUCCCUGUCUCAGUUUGUGAUUUAAACUGGAGAUUAAAACUUGUUUUUUUAUCUGCGUGUUUCUCUGUUAAAUGUCACUAGAUCCAUUGAAUUCUUCUGAAUUAAGUUCCACUGAAAUCAAGGCCCUUUGAGACUGUAAACAGUGAUACUGGGCUCCAGAUAAACCUGAACUUGAACUGAACUCUGCUGACGCUCUCUCACCCAAAUCAUUAUUUCGCGGACAAAAAGCACUGCGAGGCGCUUGAAAUAUGUAGCUGUUCUGUGACGAGCUUCAAUUUACAACUAGAAUCAUUUGCGCUCACCGCUGAGCCAUGAAAAAUAGUGAGGUAACAGCUUCCAUGUCCAUCUCUUUGACUGAUCUGUUCUCUUUGCUCAAGGAUGCCAAAAGUAUUGCAAAGUGAAUCAGUUUAAUUGCACUGGUCAUGUUCAAGUUCUAAAGAAAAUGUAAGGAAAUUUUCUUGUUUUACAUACAAAGAAACGUCAGCGUGGAGAAACCCUGUUCAUUUCUCCUGUAGACCAUACAUUUUUUGAAAUCUUAAACACCAACAAAUCAGAGACAAAUGACAACAUGACUUCCUCUGUAAUGAUGAAGAAGUGCAAUUUCCGUUUUAGGUCCACCGGCCGUCCCUCGACCUGCAUCACUCACUUCUACUUAGGUUAGUGAUUUCAUCUAUUUACCAGAAUGUCUUUCAAUCAAAGGAGGGCACACAAAUAGCUGGAAAGUGUGUCUGUUAUUGUGGCCAUGGCCAUUACCAUGUUAUCUGAGGAAAUGACACAAACCCAACAACUAAUGACAAAAUGAGCCCAGGAAUGGUACAUAUAUUGCCAAUACCGGUUCUUAAACAACUAGUGGAAGUAUAUCUUGUAUCUUGUUUAAACAGCAUUUUAGGGUGGAUUUCCCCUUUAAUUUAAGAGUAUCUCACUUGACCGACAAGAGAGAACCAUGUUGAAAACAUAUGCUGUUAAAUAUCAGCAAGUGAAAAUGAAAAAGUCAUCUCCAUGAUAUAUCCCCACAACUUCACAAGCCACAGCUCAACAUAAGUUGUUUUUCAUAUAGUUGAAUGUGACAUAUAUUUAUUGAAUCUCAUACCCUGGAAGAAUAAUCCACAAGCUCUCAGAAUGUCUUGCAGAUCUUUCACAAGAUGUGUUCUCGCCUGUAUGGUUUCUCAGCCAUGUUUAUGCUUUUGCAGUAUUGUUUCUGUCUAUUUCCAUUUCCUCGACUCCCUUUGAAGAUAUUUCGGGUUUUGGAUUACAUUUGUGUUUUUUUUUUUUUUUUUUUGUCUUAUAAACUGCCUAUGCCGCUGAUGGCAUCGGUGCCUUACUGUUUUCACUCAGCAACCUUGUGUCACAGUGUCUUAAUGUACCUGUAAAUGUACUUUUCAUCUGUACUUCAGGUUGAGUUGGAUUUGUAAAAUGUCUUACACAAUGAUUUAUGAUAAAGCAAAUUUAUAUGUGAUAUUAUUGUUUAAGAAAAAAGAGGAAAAA